AUGGGAAAGACUAAAUACGUGGUCGUGACUGGAGGUGUCGUGAGCGGAUUGGGGAAGGGAGUUACAGCAAGCAGCAUCGGUGUUGUGGAUCUGGAUUUGGGAAACUACGAGAGAUUCCUCGACAUCACGCUCACGCGAGAUAACAACAUCACGACUGGCAAGAUCUAUCAGUCUGUAAUUGAACGGGAGAGGCGUGGUGACUACCUCGGCAAAACAGUCCAGGUGGUACCGCACAUAACUACGGCCAUUCAGGACUGGAUAGAGCGCGUGGCGCAGGUACCUGUGGACGGCAGUGGGGAGAGUGCUGACGUCUGUGUCAUCGAGCUGGGCGGCACUAUUGGUGACAUCGAAUCUAUGCCCUUCGUUGAAGCUCUUCGUCAGUUUCAGUUCAGAGUCGGGCAGGAGAACCUGUGUCUGGUGCAUGUCAGUCUGGUGCCGGUGCUGGGAGUGGUGGGAGAGCAGAAGACCAAGCCCACGCAGCACAGUGUGCGCGAGCUCAGAGCGCUCGGCCUCAUGCCCAACCUCCUCGCCUGCCGCAGCGCUGAGCCCCUAGAACCCUCCACGCGAGAGAAGCUGUCGCAGUUCUGCCACGUGCCUGUGAGUGCCUGCAGGGGGAUGGGGGUUCUGCCACGUGCCUGGGUGUUGGGGGAGGGGUUGGGUCUCACGGCACCUCUUGGGGCUGGGAAAGGGAAAGGGGAGAAGGGGUGGAGGGUUGUUGGGAAAUACGUUCCGCACCACGUGGUGCACUCUCAUGGGAGGCUUCGUUUCUUUGUCAUGCUCUCGCUCUCGCAUGCCCUCAUGCCCGAAUGCCUCUCGCUCGCCCACCCGCCUAUGGAUGAACGCAGGAGCAAGGCGCCCAUCUGUCCAUUCUCAAGCAGUUCCAAAUCGAGUACGUUCCCUGCCCUCUCACUGACCGAAAGUCUCCAGGAAUGGGCGCACCGAGCCAAGAGCUGGGACGAACUCACAGAGACAGUGAGUGCGGAGUUUGCUGGUGGUGUGAACAUUGGUGAGCAUCGCCACAUGGGAACCUUCCCAUCCUCCCUCUUCUCUCACCUUUCCACCCCCCACCUCCUCGGCCGCCCAUGUGUGCCAUGCUAUGCCAUGCCACCAGGUGAGCAUUGCCAUGGAGGGCAAGUACACAGGCCUCAACCCCUAACCCUCCCUCUCUUGUCUCGCACCUCUCAACCCCCCCCGUGCCCUCUCUCCCUCACCUCUCCACCCCUCUGUGUGGCCCAUGCCACCAGCAUUGCCAUGGUGGGCAAAUACACGGGCCUCUCCGAUUCCUACCUCUCAGUGCUCAAGGCGCUACAGCAUGCAGCCAUGGCAAGUGGGCGAAAGCUCAUCAUCGAAUGGGUGGCAUCAUCUGACCUCGAGAAUGCUGCCAAGCAAGAGAGUCCAGACCUGUAUAAUGAAGCCUGGGCAGCCUUGAAGAGAGCGGAUGGGGUGUUGGUGCCGGGUGGCUUUGGAGACAGAGGCGUGGAGGGCAAGAUCCUUGCAGCAAACUACGCCCGAACCAACCGCGUGCCGUACCUGGGGAUUUGCCUCGGCAUGCAGAUCGCCGUCAUUGAGUACGCCCGGAAUGUGUUGGGCCAUGCGAAGGCGAGCAGCACGGAGUUCGACCCAGCAUCACCGCACCCGUGCAUCGUCUUCAUGCCUGAGGUAUCCAAGACGCACAUGGGCGCCACCAUGCGCCUGGGCGCGCGAGACACAGUCCUCCACUCGCCCACCUGCCUCGCUGCCAAGCUGUACGGCACUCACAGCAGUGUGAGUGAGCGGCACCGGCACCGCUACGAGGUCAACCCCGACAUGAUUGACGAGUUUGAAGCUGCGGGACUGAAAUUUGUUGGCCGCGACGAGUCCGGGCGCCGCAUGGAGGUGAGCAGUGCUCCUGGCAUGCAGGAGGAUACAACCGUUGUCUACAUUCCACACAUUAAAUACCAUUUCAACCGCCUUACACCGCUCUCUGCUUCCUGCCUUCCUCCCCUGCUCGUCUCCUCCACUCUCAACCGUCAGAUCCUGGAGAUCCCAUCGCAUCCGUACUUCCUGGCCGUCCAAUACCAUCCAGAGUUCAAGUCCAGGCCAGGGCGGCCGUCCCCUGUCUUCCAAGGUAUGCCCUCUCAUGCUCUUUUUCUCGGCCCUCUAGGCUCCCAUCCAUUUAUCUUGCCUUCCAAGGUAUGCCCUCUUAUCCUCUUCGUCCCAAUUCUUUAA